AUGAAGAAAUUUAGUUUUCGGAAAAGAUUUGCUUUUGAAGAGAAUAUUGUAAAGGGCAGAAUACCACCUGACCAUCACCCCUCGUUCUGGAUCGUUCGGCCACUCCCGAGCGACACUUCGCUCAUUUCUCUCUGCCACGUAUGCCUCGAGAACCCUGCUUCUUCCGGUCACUCCACGUCUCGAGGCCCCAGUGAACACCUAACCGAGUCUACCUCGAGCCUCGCCAACACCCAGACGGCACAGAACUCCCGGGACUCUUCAAAGACUGGUCUCUACUCUGCUGCCCUGGCUUCACCCUCUACGUACUUCCCGGCGCCGUCAACGAGUCUGCCUCCAGUGUUGAGUGGCGGUCGAUUUGGUUGGUCAUUGUCUCCCCCAUCCUCGGAAGGCCACAGAUACCCAGCGAUAGAACCGGUUUCUCCGCCUUCGAACUUCUCUAUGGAAGGACUAUUUGGGGACUUCUCUCCACCCUUAAAGAUCUACGGGAGGACCGGAACCUGAAGGACGACGACCGAUCCGUUUUCUGCUACGUGGUAGAGCUACAGGAGAAGCUAGCAGAGACCGCGCAGAUCGCCGCCAACAAUGGAGACAUCAGUGCCUCGAAAUAAAAGACCUACUUUGACAACAAGAGUCAAGAUACAGUUUCAACCUGGCGAUGAAGUCCUCCUUCCCAGCGAUUCCAGAAAGCUUCUUGUAACUUGGAAGGGACUUUAUAGUUUUAGAGCGACGAGGUAAGGUUGAUUACCUAAUAUAUUGUCCCAAGGUCCGUGAUUGUACCUUACCUAAUAUAUUGUCCCCAAGGUCCGUGAUUGUACCAUGUCAACCUCUUGAAACGUUACAUUCGUCGUGCUAGUGCCAGCUUAAAACGUUACAUUCGUCGUGCUAGUGCCAGCUUAGACGAAGUGUCAACACCUGAAGAGACCGUAGAGGGAACGCCCGAAGAGGAAGAGUAUGUCCCAGUGAACAACCAAUUUAUUUUUGGUGACGACCCCGAGGACGAGUGCUACUCAUUGCCAGUGACACCUGAUGGCUGCUCCGAAAAGGCUAGACGAUCCACGAUCAACCCGAAUUUAACUUCACAACAAGCUGACAUUGAGUAUUUCCUGUCAGAGUUUGACGAUGGAAGUCUGACCUUUUUGAGAAAGAAAUCCUGACAGUCGUCUUAACAUUGUUCGACGGUCGUGAUUGUUCGCCGGUCGUGAUGGUUCCUAAGCCAGGCAACACUUACCGGAUGGCCAUCGACUACAGUCCACUCAAUAGCUACAGUCUUACAGAGCCCAGCUGCAACAUUGGGGAAGAUAUGUACAAGUUUUCCGGUUCAAGAUUCUUCAGAGAGUUGGAUCUCUGCAAGGCUUAUUACAAGUCCCUUUGACAGAGAGAGCCAUGCUGCUAACAGCCUUCCCAACCCACUUGGGCCUAAUGGAGUUCACCAGACUACCUUUCGGCCUGGUCAUUGCUUGUGCCACCUAUAUCAAGCUCCUGCGCAUUGUUCACUCGGGACUUGCUAACGUGACCUUUUAUUUUGAUAAUGUUUUUAUAUACAUACUCUUCAGACUGGACCCUGCAUUUAAAGACCCUUCAUGCCGUGCUGGGCAGGAUCGGGACCCAUGGACUUAAGAUCUCAAAGUGCCAUUUUGGGUUCCCUUCCCUUCUAUACCUUAGCGCUCUGCAAGGUACCACCACCGUCCACUAAGGAACUUCUACGAGGAUUUAUUGGAAUAGUGGGUUUCUAGGAAGUCUUAUCCCUCAGGCAUCCUUCCUCUGCUAAAAAAGACUGUUCGUGAGCCCCUUCCCUUGAUGGACGAGUUGCAGGCCUGUUUCGACCAGCUCAAAUUAAUUCUCUCUUCUAACCCCAUACUUCGUCUCCCCGAUCCCAGCCGUCCUUUUGUACUUCCACUCGAGGGAUACGAGCGGUUUUACUCAAAUAUCAUCUUGGCGUUCCUCAUCCGGUUGCGUAUGCUAGCAGAAAACUGCUCCCCAAGGAAACACGGUAUUCUACCAUUGAGAGGGAAUGCCUAGGUAUAGUAUUCUCCAUUCUCAAGUUUGAUUUUUACCUCAGGGAAAUAAUUUAUUUUGGAAAUAGAUCAAACCCCUCGCCUAUAUGCACACCUUCAAAGGCAAGAAUGAUCGCCUUCUCAGAUGGGGUCUAGGACUGCAACCAUACGAAUUCAGGGUCGUUCAUGUUGCUGGAGCUGUCAAUCUGUGCCUCAGUAGAGUUUAGAUAUUUUCUUAUGUCUUUUCUUUUCUCCAGAAGGAAUCUCAUUCCCUAGGAGUGGUGUUCUACAAGACUAUCUUGGCUAGUCUCUUGGAGGGGGGAGUUAUGUAAAGAGCAGAACACCACCAGAACACCACCUGACCAUCACCCUUCGUUCUGGAUCGUUCGGCCACUCCCGAGCGACACUUCGCUCGUUUGUCUCUGCCACGUAUGUCUCGAGAACCCUUCUUCUUCUGGUCACUCCACGUCUCGAGGCCCCAGUGAACACCUAACCGAGUCUACCUCGAGCCUCGCCAACACCCAGACGGCAGAAAACUCCCUGGAGUCCAAGGACUGGCCUCGCCUCUGUUGCCCUGGCUUCACCGUCUACCUGCUUCCUGGCGCCGUCAACGAGGUUACCUCCAGUGUUGGUGAGAUCAGUGUUCCUCUGGCCGGGAGACUCAUGGUGAGAGCCGGGUGGUGCGCAAGGUGUCCCUUUUGUUAUAUUAUGUAUACCUAUGUGUUUUUGCAAGUCUAGUAAACUUGGAACCAUU